CGGAGAAUGUGAAUGGCGAAAGAUGACAUGGCAGAGGUAGAUUUGGCAUCAAACGGAGCGGAACCCCCCGGCGAGGCCUCCUCGGCGUUUCCCUACGAGGAGUACGAAUGCAAAAUCUGCUACAAUUAUUUCGACCUUGACCGCCGGGCUCCUAAGAUCCUAGAGUGCCUGCACACGUUUUGUGAGGAGUGCCUGAACACGCUUCACCUCCGGGAGGAGCGGCCAUGGCGCAUCAGCUGCCCCGUCUGUCGCCACCGGACUCCGGUGCCGGAUUAUCGGAUACAAAACCUGCCCAACAACACCAAGGUGACGGAGGAUUUCCCGCUCUACAUCGACUCGGACCCCCUGCCACAGGACGCUUUGCCGCCGUAUCCUCCCCCGCUGCACCCAGCCCUUGUCGCCCUCCGCCGAGAGGAGGCGUCGGGGACGUCCAGCACCAGCCAGGCAACCCCGUCCACCACCGUGUCCACGGCCACGACCCUCUCCCAGGACUCGGUGCGCUACGACAGCUGUCAGAGCUGCAAGAGAGUAGCUCUGACCACCGGCUGUGUCUGCGUGAUCUUCUCCUUUCUGUCCAUGCUGGUGUUGCUCUUCAUGGGCCUGAUCUUUGUGCACAGUCACAGCAUUCCUCCCUCGCCGGCGGGACCAAUUUGCUUGUCUGUAGCCAGCAUCCUGGCUAUGUUCUCGGUGGUCGUCACAUGGCUCAUCUGCUGGCUCAAAUACAGACCGGACCAUGAGACAGGCCGCUCAUCCGCCACCAGUAACUCCCGGAGAAACGCCUGAUAGGCUGCGGGGCUCAGACUUAUUGAUGGAGAUGUUGUGCUGUGGGUGUGUGAUUAUGUACAUAGUACUGACAACUGAUACUCCUGCUCCCUUUACUUUUCUAGGAAUAAAUCUCGUCCAAAAUGGCCUUUUAUCAGUAUAGCAAACACCCAAAGGCCUUCAUGUUGUUUGGAGCAAUAGGCCGACAUGAUCCUUGAUAAUCUUUUCCUUAAGUUAUGCACUUGAAUUUGCAGUAGGCCCAGUUGACUUGGCCAUGUUGAUGAAUGAACUUAAGACUCAGACCCCCCUGGCGUUGGUCUGAAAUGUAGGUGGUAUGAUGACUGAAUGUGCAGUGCUCAUUUCCAGGGUUUGACACCCUCCCCACCUUAUCCUGCUAAAUGAUAUGCAUAUCCCACUAUGCCACUCACUGUAUGAUAACUGUCCAUGAUGAUUCACUCUUAUAUCUCAACAAAGCACUAUCGUAUUGUACAGAUACUUGGCAAUGUUCACUUCUGAGUUUUCAGGCGAUGGAUUUUGGUUUUUAAGGAGGCUUGUGUGUUUAUGCGAAAAAGCUCUGAAACGUCAUUCUGUUACGAAGGAUCCAUAAUCCAAACUGUAAAUAGUCCACAGAGAAGCGGAUAGGUGUGUUCAGCCUUUCUUGAAGACCUUCCUAAUCCUCGUGCUUUAACUUAUCUUUUAGGAUGGCACUGUUUCCGUUGUGACAAUGAAAACUGCACCUCUUCCAGGCAAAGGGAUUCAAAAAGGAUAGCUUGUGAUUUUGAACUUGUGUUUGGCUACUUUUGUGCAUGUUAGGCUACUGAAAGGUCAAGGCUUUCUGUUUUUACCUUUUCUUUGAAACGGAAGAGACAAUGUGUCUCCUGACUCCUGUGCCUCACCUCCUUGCUGAAUGAAGCAAAACUUCACUGUAAUCAUGAUCAAAAUCAUGCACGGGCCUUCCACCACUGACAGCACCCAGCUGGGGUGUCGGCAGGGAUUUCCUCCUCCUGUCACAUUAUUUACACAUCGGUAGUGGAAAACAGGGUUUCCAGUGUGAAGCUCCUUUUUAUACGUGUAGGGUUUUUGCACCUGGCUUUGAAGAAAGGUCAAAGAGACGCGUGUUUGUAAGUGUUUAAACAGGUAUAAUCUAAGCUUAUGUCCACUUUCAGCUACUUCCAAGUUCAAGCUCUGCUUCCUUCAGAGCCACAUUUAAUGAUAAGUCUUUACAGGUCAGACAUGUUAAACAACUCAAUUCUGGUUCCUCAGAGAUAAUCAGGACUCAUAAUUACCUCUGGAAACUUAAAGAGCCCCAUGAGCUGUUGCAGAGAUUAGAAAGCAGUACCUUAUAUAAGUCAAGUCCUUCAUUAACACAAUGCAAACACUGAACUUUUUUAAUCGAAAACUUAAUAUAAUUUGCUUUAUGUGGGCUUUUUUUUUUCUUAGAUAGGUGGGUCAAAACAAAAACACUGAAUUAACUUUUUUGUGAAAUUAGCCUCAGACAAAGCAAUGCAAUCAAAAAAAGCUAAAACUCAAGGGCCUAUAGUGGGUAGACUUCUUAUCAUGAAUAUUACUGUGAACUGUUGGUAAAUUCUGUGUAUGUAAUUCUUGCUACAAUCUAUACAAUUCUUUAUUUAUAAUUCUCGCAAAUGGCAAAAAGCGAUACCUUACUUGUGGUGCAAUGUAGGAUCCUCAUAUUGACAAAUUGCGUUGUGGUCCGUGGAGCAUGUGAAUUGCACUCCUAAGUUAUUUUCCAGCUCCCAGACCUUCCUGACAGCAUUUAGUGUAGAAUUCGGAGAUGAUUCGGACACCAAAGCGCUUUAAGACAAGCACUUGCCCUUGCACACACACGGUAUCCCUACCUCACUGCACGGGCAAUAAGCAAAAACAAAAAAACAAAACAAAACAAACAGUUCAACAUGAUUCGUAAACCCACCCCCAUCCCCACCCUUAUUUGAUUCCCAUGCUUGCUUCAAUCAUCCUGCUCAACCUUUUCUCAACUACUAGAUGAUGCACUUUCCCCCCCUUAUUUGACACAAGUAACGGGGUAUACCUUUGACUAAUGUACGCAUAUUGUAUUUAUUUAAGAGGACCUAGAAAAUGUUGGUUUUUAUGAGAAUCUGUGGUUGUUGUUAAAGUACCAAAUGUAUUUGCACAGAGAACUGUUCUUUAUGUGCUGUUUUACAUACAUAAACACAUUUCAGUAAUAAAGAAAACAUGA